AUGCUUUCUCUCUCUAAUGUCACACUGUACCAGUCCUCUAUGGGCGACAACCUCAACACUCCUCUCUCUCUCUCUACAAAACCAAACACUCUCAACAACUCCAAAAUGCACCCGUCACCACCUUCUCUUCCUCCCUCUCUGCCUCGUUCUUCUUCGCACUCUCUCUCUCUUUCUCUUUCUCUCUCCCCACACAGCACACACCAACCAUGGCUUCCACUCCCUCCCUCUCUCUCUCCCAAGCCCUUCUCACACGCCCUACCUCCCUCCCUGCCUCCACGCGCCCCUCCCUCCCCGCUUUCUCCGGCCUCCGCCCAACCUCCUCCACGCGCCUCUCCUUCUCCCUCCCCUCCGCCCAUCGCCGCCGUGCCAACGCCGUCAGAGCCUCCGCACCCGUCGAAACCGUCGAGAAGGCUCCGGCAGACGCCGCCCUGGUCGAAAAAUCAGUUAACACGAUCCGUUUUCUCGCCGUUGACUCCGUCGAAAAGGCGAAUUCGGGUCACCCGGGUCUACCCAUGGGUUGUGCUCCGAUGGGUCACGUGCUCUACGACGAGGUGAUGAGGUAUAACCCGAAAAACCCUAAAUGGUUCAACCGUGAUCGCUUUGUUUUGUCGGCGGGUCAUGGUUGCAUGCUCCAGUACGCGCUGCUUCACCUUGCUGGCUUCGAUAGUGUCAAGGAAGAGGAUUUGAAGGAAUUUCGUCAAUGGGGGAGCAGAACCCCGGGACACCCUGAGAAUUUUGAGACUCCUGGAAUUGAAGUCACAACAGGUCCUCUUGGUCAGGGCAUUGCUAAUGCUGUUGGUUUGGCCCUUGCGGAGAAGCACUUGGCUGCAAGAUUUAACAAGCCUGACAAUGAGAUUGUUGAUCAUUACACGUAUGCUAUAUUGGGUGAUGGUUGUCAAAUGGAGGGAAUUGCAAAUGAAGCAUGCUCGCUUGCUGGCCACUGGGGACUGGGGAAGCUAAUAGCAUUUUACGAUGACAAUCACAUUUCUAUUGAUGGUGACACGGAGAUUGCAUUCACUGAAAAUGUUGAUAGUCGUUUUGAGGGACUUGGGUGGCAUGUUAUUUGGGUAAAGAAUGGGAACACUGGCUAUGAUGAUAUUCGAGCUGCCAUUAAGGAAGCCAAAGCUGUCAAAGACAGGCCCACAUUGAUCAAGGUCACAACAACCAUCGGUUUUGGUUCUCCUAACAAGGCUAACUCCUACAGUGUGCAUGGAAGUGCACUGGGUGCCAAAGAAGUUGAUGCCACAAGGAAGAACCUUGGAUGGCCAUAUGAGCCUUUCCAUGUGCCUGAGGAUGUCAAAAAGCAUUGGAGUCGCCAUAUCCCUGAGGGUGCUGCACUUGAAGCUGAGUGGAAUGCCAAAUUUGCUGAAUAUGAGAAGAAAUACAAGGAGGAAGCUGCAGAAUUGAAGUCUAUUAUUAAUGGUCAAUUGCCUGCUGGCUGGGAGAAAGCACUUCCUGCAUACACUCCAGAGAGCCCAGCCGAUGCCACCAGAAAUCUGUCUCAGCAAAACCUUAAUGCCCUUGUAAAGGUUCUUCCUGGUCUUCUUGGUGGCAGUGCAGAUCUUGCUUCUUCCAACAUGACCUUGCUAAAAUCAUUUGGGGACUUCCAAAAGGAUACUCCAGCAGAGCGCAAUGUUAGAUUUGGGGUUAGAGAACAUGGAAUGGGAGCAAUCUGCAAUGGCAUUGCUCUUCACAGCCCUGGACUGAUUCCCUACUGUGCAACCUUCUUUGUCUUCACUGACUACAUGAGAGCUGCCAUAAGGCUUUCUGCGCUGUCUCAGGCUGGGGUUAUUUAUGUGAUGACCCAUGAUUCUAUAGGACUUGGAGAGGAUGGACCAACCCACCAACCUAUAGAACACCUGGCAAGCUUUCGGGCAAUGCCAAAUAUUUUGAUGCUUCGUCCUGCUGAUGGUAAUGAAACGGCAGGAGCAUACAAAGUUGCCGUGGUUAACAGGAAGAGACCCUCUAUCCUUGCCCUUUCCAGGCAAAAACUGCCCCAGCUUCCUGGAACUUCUAUUGAAGGAGUUGAAAAAGGUGGUUACAUCGUUUCAGACAACUCAACUGGCAACAAACCUGAUGUCAUUUUGAUUGGAACCGGUUCUGAACUGGAAAUUGCUGCCAAAGCUGCUGAGGAUCUAAGAAAGGAAGGGAAGGGUGUUAGAGUUGUUUCCUUUGUGUCUUGGGAACUUUUUGAUGAGCAAUCAGCAGCCUACAAGGAAAGUGUUCUGCCUUCAGGUGUUUCAGCCAGAGUUAGCAUUGAGGCAGGAUCAACAUUUGGGUGGGAGAAAAUUGUUGGACCAAAGGGAAAAGCAAUAGGUAUUGAUCGUUUUGGAGCUAGUGCUCCAGCUGGAAGAAUAUACAAAGAGUUUGGUAUCACUAAGGAAGCUGUUGUUGCUGCAGCCAAAGAGCUUAUCUAGAUGUUUUAGUUUAUGCUCAUGUAGAACUACUGAUUUUUUCUUCUGGUUUUGGUUGAUGUUUACAGAGAGGGGGGCGGGGGGCGUUUCAAGAGUGUAGCCCAUGGCUUGAAUAAGAAAAAGGUUAAAUAUCCUUUGCUUGGCGUUCUAGGUGAAGCAACAUAGAUCAAAGAAUUUUUGGCAACUUGUAAUAACUGUUUGACAAUUGAGUUCUACAUUGCCACGAUUUAAUUCAAUGUUGAUCAUGGUCUUACAUUGUCCUU